CUUCUCAUCAAUAAACAAUUCUGCCAGAAACAAAAAAUACCACUUCAAAUGAUUGACAGACUCAUCCUGGUAUUUAAUGUAGAUGGCACUGCUAAUGAAGGAGGAAAAAUCAUAGACAAAGCAUGCCUGUUGAUGAGAAUGACAGAUAACAAAGAAGAUUACCAUGACAAACAAAGUGAACUCCUUGCUACCAACCUAGGAGGAGAGGAUGUUAUUUUAGGAACAAAUUGGCUACAUGAGCACAAUCCAUAG